AUGGAGUAAAGAUAAAAGACAGAUGAAUAUAUAGACAAAGAUGAUUGGGAUUCUAAUGUUGUAAUGCAAAAUGAUGAGUCUUAGUACAAAUAUCAAGACAGAUCAUUGAAUUUAGGAUCGAUAUAGGUUGACUAAAGCACACUCAAUUUCAAUCUAGACAACACACUCAGGAAUUUAUCAAAUAAUUUGCCAUAGAAUGGUUCUAGCUCUACCAGAAAGUUAAAAACUGGAAUAUCUUUUGAGAGUACCUUAAGAAUGAAUGAUAUCCAGGAUACUUCAGAAAAUAAACCACCAGAUGCAAAAUCAGAGAUUGUAGAGCUGGUUCAGGAUGUCCAAUCAGUGAGCCAAACAAUCAUGUUCAAACAAAAAGAGCAUAUUAAGAAUCAAGCUAAUAGCGGAAAUGUUGCAAAUACUUCAAAAUUAAUCUUGAUUUGGAAUUCAAUUUGCAGAAGUAUCACAUGGUUUAGCUUCAUCAAACUUCUAUUUGCUAGUACCAAUUAAGUGAUCGUAGCGACUGUUAUUUGCUGUACUAAACUAAGUGAAAGUGGAUCACUUGGACUUAUCACUAAUUUUUCUGCAAUUCUCAUAGUUUGCGAAUUUGAUGAUAUUCUUUACAACGUAAUGACUAUUUCUAAGUUCAAAAGAGAAUUAAGACAAAAUCUUGUUGAGUAAUACAAAUCAUUAAGAAAAGAGGCUAUUUUGAAGAUUUAAACUAUGGAAGAUCCUGAGAAUACUUCUUAAAUACCAGAGCAGCAAUUAUAAGCUUUUCCUACUUAAGCUAAAUCCAUUUAGAUAUCUGCCUCGUAAGAAAUGUAUUCGUCAAGGAGAAGGGAUUCAAUAGCUCUUGAUAAAUAAAAAAGCUUUCAAUUAAUUUUAUAGAUAGAGAAAAACAAAGUAGUAAUGAAGGCUCUUUCUAAGAAGUUUAAGAAAAUGUGGUAUCAAAAACUUAAUGACAUUAUUUAGAAAACUCCAGAAGAAUAUGAAACUUAAUUGUAUAGUAGAAUUGAAGAAAACUUUAUGAAAAUUAAGAUUGAUGUGACUAAAGUCAAUGGGAAAAUCUUCAAUAUUCUAAAACUGCAUUGGGUUUGCAAGUUUAUAUUUGUGGCUUCAAUUUCAUUUCUUGCUUAUGGAGACAUUCAUAGAGCAGCUAGAUUAAAUGGAGCAAAUUAAAAUGGUUACAGAUUAACCUCUUCAUCUAGUUUUCCGAGUUGGGAGGUCACACAUUCUCGUCUUGACACUGACUUCCAAAAAUAAUAGGGUCAGGGAUCUGCUUGGUGUCCUUUAUUUGCAAACACAUCAGAAUACAUCUAGAUAUCUUCAACAAUAGAUGAAUAUUGGGAUAACCUUAUUAUUUAGGGAUCACCUGACAAUGACAAUUGGGUGACUUAAGUAGCCAUAUAUUACUCUGAUGAUAUCGACAGUUUCUAAUUAAUGAAAAUUGCAGAUGCUAAUUCUGAUCGUAAUACUAAAGUAAAAAUUGAUUUGGACAGAACUGUUAAAGCCUAAACUUUGAGAAUAUAGCCUUUGACCUGGAAUAAUUACCCUUGUUUAAGGUUUGAUGCUUACUUCAUUUCAAACUGA